AUGGCGUACCAGGAAGGGGAGUCGCUUGAAUCCUGGCUCAAUAAAGCCACUCACCCGACAAAUAGGCAAGAAGACUGGGAGUACAUAAUUGGUUUCUGUGAUCAAAUCAACAGAGAACUAGAGGGUCCACAGAUAGCAGUAACACUUCUUGUACACAAAAUCCACUCCCCACAGGAAUGGGAGGCACUUCAAGCUUUGACAGUGUUGGAAGCCUGCAUGAAAAACUGUGGGAGAAGAUUUCACAAUGAAGUUGGAAAAUACAGAUUUCUAAAUGAGCUAAUUAAAGUGGUGUCACCCAAGUACAUGGGUGACACUGCUCCUGAGAAGGUGAAAGCCAAGAUUGUGGAGAUGCUGUACAGCUGGACCGUGGCUUUCCCAGACGAACACAAGAUUGCUGAAGCCUACCAGACACUCAAAAGACAGGGGCUUGUACCUCAUGAUCCAGAGUUACCAUUAGACAAGACUUUAAUUCCGUCACCACCAACACGACCAAAACAUCCAGUUUUUGAUAACGAGGAUAUGGGAAAAUUACUAGCUGAGCUCCUACGAAGUAAAAACCCUGAAGAUCUCCAAGAAGCCAACAGGUUGAUUAAAAGCAUGGUCAAGGAGGAUGAGGUGCGCGCGCAGAAGGUAACUAAUAGAAUUCACACCUUGGAGGAAGUGGGCAUCAACGUGAGGCUUUUAACAGAAAUGCUGUCCCACUACAACAAGGAGAGCUCGUCUGACUCGGACAAAGAAAUCAUUAAGGAUCUUUAUGAGCGGUGUGACAAGCUGAGACGUGCUGCCUUCAAAAUGGCCACCGAGUCUGAGGACAAUGACGCAAGUUUAGGCGACAUACUGCAGGCUAGUGAUGACCUCUCUAGAGUCAUCAGCUCCUACAAGAAGAUUGUUGAAGGGUUGCCUAUAAAUGGAGACACAGAGGACCCCCACUCUAAAGCAGGGCGCUGUGAAAAUGCCGAGACAGACACGCUCAUCGAUCUGGACGAAAGCGACACUCCGAGCCCCCCUCAUCCAGCCGCUCUACUUUCUCAGCCUCCGGAUCCCUUCUCAGCCCUGGUUGCUCCCGCCCCCAUCCCCGCUCCCCAACAAGUGGCCGACUUCCUGUCCGGUGGAAUUGUCUCUGCGUCUUUGUCUCUUCUCGAUGAUGAGCUUUUGUCUCUGGGUCUGAACGAUCCUCCAUCUGCUCAAAGCAACCAAUCAAAGACCACAUUAAGUGAAGUAUCGCAGCAGUGGAGCUCGUUGCAGAACACCGCAACAGGCAUUGAUUUGCUUGGAAACGGGUCAUAUUCACAUCCUGCUCCAGCAUCAACAGAAGCCAGUUACAGUCUACAAAACCUACAAGAUCUGGCCAUGAUUGGGCUUUCAGACAAUGGUCUGACCAGAGGAUUGGGGAUGCCUCCUCCCUUUGUAUCAGCACAUGGCUCUCCCUCGUCCCUUCUGAAAAGCACGCUGCCCGGAUCUCCUGCUCUGUCCCAGCCACAGUUUCACAGCCUCAGCUCCGCUCCAGGGAGUCCACAGUUUCUUCCUAUGUCUCCUGGUCACCCUUCCCUACAGGGCAGUCCAGCCCGGGGAGCAGACAUCUCCCUGAGCAAUGUCUAUAUCCCUUUAGAAACUAUUAGACCAAGUAAAGUCCUGCCUGUCACAGCUUAUGAUAAAGACGGGGUCCGCGUGCUGAUCAACUUUGCGGCCAACUGUCCUCCCGGCCGGUCGGACGUGCUGGUUAUGGUGGUGUCCAUGCUGAAUACUGCACCUCUCCCUGUCCAUAAUGUGGUCCUACAAGCUGCAGUACCAAAGUCAAUGAAAGUCAAGCUGCAGCCUCCGUCAGGAACAGAACUGGCCUCAUUUAACCCCAUUCUACCUCCAGCCUCCAUUACACAGAUCAUGUUAUUGGCCAAUCCGUCAAGGGAUAAGGUGCGUCUGAGAUAUAAACUUGCUUUUAUACUUGGAGAUCGUCAGUGCAAUGAAGUUGGAGAAGUUGACCAGUUUCCUCCACCAGAGACAUGGGCUCAUCUAUAG